AUGCUCGUUACUCAGAUGCCAGAAAACGCUGGGAAGCGCUUCCUCUACAGUCCAUCAAAGCUAGAGUUAGUAGUACUAGUAUCUACGCUUAUAUCUGCUAUCACGGCGGGAGCAAUUUCGGUAAUCAUGCCAGUAAGUCUAGAUCUUGCUCAAGCCCCAAAGACAUUUCUCACCGAAACAAACGAUUCCCACAGCUUUUUAUCCAAGGUUAAUCAGCUUUCGACAUAUUUUGUUUACCUAGGAGUGGCAGCAUUUUUCGCAAAUUUCAUAACGACUGCCGGGUUCAUCUACCUAGGGCACAAGAUAACACGCAGACUGCGUGAAUAUUAUCUAGCUGCACUUUUAUACCAGAACGCGGCCUUUUUUGAUGGUUUUGGGCCUGGUGAAUGUGCUGCACGUCUGACCAGCCAGACAGACACGACGCUGAUCGGGAUCUUACGAUUCGUUGCCUCCUUCUCGGUUGGCUUCUAUUUCUGUUGGAGGCUGACAUUAGUACUGACUUGGUCCAUCUUUGUUGCAUUUUUUGUUAUGAAGGUCGUUGCACGUGUGACAACUCAGAAUGACAAAAGUCGGUUGGAUGCCGAGACUUCAGCAGCAGCAGUACUUGAAGAGAGCUUUGCCUCUGUCAGAGAUGUCACGGCCUUAGGAGCACAAAAUUACCACGUCAAUAGAUACGCCGAACGACUGAAAAAUGCAGAGCGGUUUCAAUUCCGUGGCAUAACGGUCCUUUCCCUUACUCUGGCUUUCACUGUCGGGAUCAGCUAUCUCAUUAUCAUGACAACUCUUUGGGCAGGAUCAAACUUGAUUGUAAACCUGCAAGCGAGUUUCGAAGACAUAAUCACCAUCCAACUCAUUAUUCAAGCAGCAAUAUUCGUCAUAAUCGGUAUUAUUAGCACUGCCGACGUCUUCGUGAAAGCUAAGACUACAAUCAGCGCAAUCUCUUCAAUGAGAGCUUCAAAUGUGUCACCGAGAACUGGAGCUGGCCCACAGCAUAUCAUUGGUUCCAUUGCAUUCGAGAAUGUUGGCUACAUGUACCCUUCAAGGUCCACAUCGGUGAUCUUUGACAAUAUGAAUCUGAACUUUCCGGCCGGCAAGAUGAGCGCCCUGGUUGGGCGAUCUGGCUCUGGUAAAACCACAGUUCUUGACCUGAUCGAGAGGUUCUACGAUCCUACGAGUGGAUCCAUAUUGCUCGAUGGGGUCAAUACAAAAGAUCUCGACAUCUAUUGGUUGAGGCGACGGCUUGGCUUGGUCUCUCAAAGUCCUGUGCUCUUUCAAGGGAGUAUUUUCGACAAUAUUUGCCAUGGCCUCACCGGGACUGAGUUCGAAAAAGCAGACAUUGUUACUCAGCAAGGGUUGGUUGAGGCGGCUGCUCAAGUGUCUUUCUCUCACGAUUUCAUAAAGGCACUCCCCAAUGGAUACAAUACUCAGGUAGGAGACCGUGGUUUAAGGCUUUCGGGAGGACAGAAGCAGCGAAUUGCAAUUGCACGGGCCGUUAUCGCAGGUCCAGCGGUACUUUUACUAGAUGAAGCAACUUCGGCGUUGGAUUCAGAAACCGAAGUGAGAGUUCUUUCGGCGAUUAGGUCUCUCAAAUGCACCACGAUUCUCGUUGCACAUCGCCUGACAGCCAUAAAAGCAGCAGAUAAGAUAAUUGUUCUGUCCGUGGGGAACAGUCCCCAGGAGAGUACUUUUGACGAGCUUUGUCAACGCCAAAACGCCUUUACCGACCUUGUACAGAAAGAGCAAGAAAUUACUCCAAGUUCAACAAAUCAAUUAGUGUAUGAGCGGGUUCUCGAGAAAGAUCAUGACGACUUCAAAGCUGAGCGAUCCAUCAGUGCCGCCAGUUUGAACUUCAAUUCUACCACUGAGAAGCACGAUUCGGCCGAUCCAAUUCCACCUUCGGCAGUACUUGACAUAUUGGUAAACCAGAAUCGAGAACAAGGCACGAGAAGCACACCAAAGUCUUCGCUUUGUAGAUUGGUCCAAUUUAUUUGGACUUUCCAAAAAGACCGCAAAAUAUUCUUGCUAUGUGGAAUCCUGGCAGCAUUCGUGGCCGGUGUCGAGGAACCAGUUCAUGCAGUUCUAUUCGCAAAAUCUACAGUGUCACUUUCCCUGCCUAGAAGCAUGUACGGAGAGUUACUGUCACAGACCCGACUCUGGGCUUUGAUGUAUCUUACUCUCGCCGUGGUACAAUUCUUGGCUUUCGCCACCCAGGGGCUUUGCUUCGGGGCAUUGUCUCUUCGCGUCAUGCGUCUUGCGAGAGUAGAUGCCAUGCGAUGCCUCUUGCGAUCGAGCAUAGAGUCCCUCGAUCAGAUCCCCAAUCUCUCCUCCAGUUUGACCUCAUUUGUCACGACGGAAACUUCUAGCAUGGCCGACUUGAUGGGAAGCACGCUUGGAAUGCUUUUUAUCAUCGCAGCUACCCUCUUCGUAGCUUUCAUUGUCUCUUGCGCCUUUCAGUGGAAACUUGCCCUUGUGUGUUGGGCCAUUUUCCCGGUCCUCUUCGGUUGCUCUUAUCUGCGGAAUGUUUGCUGGACGGAAUUUCAAGGGAGAAGAAAAGAAGGAUAUCGAGAAGCUGCAAGCUACGCAUCUGAAGCCAUCGGUGAAUUUCGUACAAUAGCUGCCUUGACCAGGGAACAGCAUGUUCUAUCCCUGUACCGCUCAUUACUGGUAUCUGCAACAAGGGGUUUCGUUACUGUGUCAUUCAAAGUAGCGGGUAUACAAGGGCUAGUAAGGUCUAUCACAUACUUUGGCCUAGCUUUGGGUUUCUGGUACGGAGGAACUCUCCUGGGUCGUGGGGAUUGCACAGCAUUUCAAUUUUUUGUGACCUAUACUGCAGUAAUGUUUGCAUCUCAGUCUGCCGGCUUGAUUUUCUCAAUUUCUCAAGAUCUAGGAAUUGGAAAACGAGCCGCCAUGGACCUCCUACAGCUUUUCGGCCGGGAACCACUAUUAACAAGCCCGGAAUCGUUCGAAACUGAAUCGCAAAACAGGAUCCAGUUCCGCGACGUCUACUUCCAAUACCCCAGUCGGUCAUGUCCUGCAUUGAAAGGUAUAUCAUUUGUUAUAGAGCCGGGCGAGCAUGUUGCUUUCAUAGGCGCCAACGGUGCUGGUAAGAGCACGAUUUUAUCCUUGUUGGAACGCUUUUACGAUCCCCAAAGUGGAAUCAUCAACGUACAUGGAUUUGAUAUCUCUGCUGUUGAUGUCGAAAACUAUCGCAAAACUGUGGCAUUAGUGAGCCAGGAUGUUGUGCUCUAUAAUGCAACUAUCAAAGAGAAUCUACUACUCGGCACACAUGGUCGGGUUGUGUCUGACGAGGAUCUCCAUUCGGCCUGCCAAAAGGCUAACAUUUUAGAUUUUAUUUCCUCCCUACCGGAUCAAUUCGCGACGAUGAUGGGCACGAAAGGGUGUACACUGAGCGGUGGUCAGAGGCAACGUCUAGCUUUUGCCCGGGCACUCUUACGCAAACCAGGCAUACUACUUUUAGACGAAGUUACUGCCAACCAGGACUUGGAAUCUGAAUCUCUUAUUGUUAGAGCAAUCAGAACAGCAGGCCCACGUUGCACAACAAUCAGCGUCACACAUCGACUGAACACGCUAGAAGGAGUUGGCCGAAUCUACGUACUGGAUCAAGGAUCGAUUGUUGAAUACGGAACUCCAGAACAACUGUUCCGUAUGAAAGGAGUUUAUUAUAACAUGGCAAAGACUCAAGGGCUGACUGGCUGUUCCUGA